AUGCCGUUGCCCCUGGAGAGUGUUGUUAAACCCGGCGGCACGGUGGCGAGUGUUGCCAAAGACGAUGAGCACGAUACCGAAUGCCGCUGCCUCUGCCACCCACAGGUGGUAGAAGAAAGGAUAGCCAGAAGAGCCAGUACAAUUGAAUCUGGUGGCGCAGCGACGCUUGUUCGUCUUACUCCGGAUAGACAAAAAGAGGACACCGAGAUAAUAUACCCCAAUAUCCUGACUGGGGAAUGGCAUAUAUAUAAAUACUUCGUCGCUACCUAUGUUUCCCUCUGUCUCAUGCAAGAUACCUACAGAGAAAUUGAUACAGCACGAAACGGCCUUUUCCUACCCGCCGAAUUCGAAGAAGCGUUCGACGAUGACAUCCCUAGGUAUUUCGAGGAUCAACUCGGAGAUAUUUGGGACGGCCUUAUAACCUUAUAUCGACAUGAAUCAUCUCAAGCUGCUCGUGCUACUCGAUUUGCUCGAGUUUAA